CGCGCUCUGCGGGGCGGGAGCUCGAGCGAACUCAGCACUGUCACAUUUCACUACCAUUCUGUCAAGAAACUUUAAAAACAUUUUUGGUUGAGCUUAUUUUACAUACUCGAAUAAGGUGGAUGCUGACUCUGGUUGAGUGAUUUGAAAUGAAGUGCGUCCUUGGGUGUUACGUGCACUUCUGUGCAGGGGUUAUUAUUAGUCUUAUCUUUCCUUUGGCUCACGGGACUCCGUCGAGGUAUAGUCUGUUCCAGGGCAGUGCUUAUUCCAGCUCUGUUUCAAGACAACGAAACAAAAACUGGUGUGCAUUUGUAGUGCAUAAAAACGUGACAUGCACAGUGCUGGCGGCGAACGAAAACAUCAUGGAGCCGCAGCUCCUGCCCUGUCCGCCGCAUCAUCCUGACUGCACGCAAGGGGUGAUGUAUCAUACUCCCCUGAGACCCAUGUACAAAAUAGGCUACAAACAAGUGACUGAACUGGAAUGGAGGUGUUGCCCAGGAUAUCAAGGUCAUGACUGUACAGAGCUGAAAGUUACCCCAGAGAAACCCAAAGUUGUUGAGGAACCACGUCCAGAUGCCCCUUCCGCCAACAGUCAACAACAAAGUAUACUGGGACCAGAAGUGUUCUCUGAGACACAUCCAUGGUCUCAACCUGGGCAGAAAGAGCAUCACAACGCUCAACUGGGAGGUUAUGGAGAUCGCCAACACGAGAGUCGCAGAGUUCAGGUAUUAGAAGAAGAGGUGGAGCGUCUUUCUCAGACAGUACUAGACCUACAAGCUAUGACGUCAGCCAAUGCAAACUUACGGUUAGAUUUACAGGAAGAUGUUACCAAAUUCAUUCUAAACACAUUUGGGAAUUUGCAACAGCCACAGGAUGUCAAGGCGGGUGAAAUUGAGACCAUUGUGUUGCCAUCAGACCUCCGUUUAUCAUCAGAUACUGAUGAACUGCAAAACCACAUUACCCAGCUCUCCAACACAAUCAGUUCCAAUACUGAUAGUAUCCAAGAUCUGCAGAUUAGGAUCCAAAACAUUGAUGGACAGAUGCACCGACUAACAGAAUCAGCCAGUACUGGACCACUUCAACCCUCCUCAACUGCUGCAACCAAUGAGUGUCCAUGUCAGGCAUACAUCAAUGAGAAGCUUUCUGCCCUUCGUGAGGAGCUUCUUCAAGGAAUGGACAUCAAAAUAGCAGACAUGAAGAAUGCAUGUGACUACAAAGUACUGUCUGUUCAGGAGCAGUGUGAGGAACAAGAAACCUCUUACUUAAGCUUGGCCGAGCUCCUUGAUUCUAAAGAGACUGAACUCCGCAAAGAGAUCCAAGACUUGCGUCUCCAACUUCCCAUUGGAAAAGACCCAGGGAUGGACAGUUAUGAGGUCCAGAAUCUCAAGGACACCCAGCAGAUAUUGAAAGAUGCCAUUAGGCAGCAGAAUGCCACCCUUGCACAGAUCGAUGCACAAGGGCAUAUUCUGGAGGCAAGGGUUAGUCUUGCGGAAAAGAGUACAGAGGUACAUUGCCUCUAUAUUGAGGAGAAACUAAGAAGGGAAAGACUUAAGGAAAUGGAAGAUCAAAGUAUAGCCUUGGAAGAGAAAAUAAAUGCUGUUCAACAUGAAAACAGCACUUCACAGCUACUGACCACAGUUUUAGGUCAUGACCAACGCCUAGAUGUCUUGGAGAAGCAUACACAGCAACUGCAGGACAAGGUUGGCUCUCUUGCACAGCAGAUUAAGACCGAGAUCUCUGUACCAGACCUCAAUCAAUCCAUAACUUUUGAAAUUCUGCUGCAACGGGUGGAAAAUCUAGACGUGGAUUUUGGGCGAAGCCAAGAGCAAGUGAGGACAAUGAAUGGCUUGCUUAAUGGUCUUGAUGGACGGGUGGCUGGCAUUGAAGGCAUUUGCGGACGGUUUGAACCAAUGUCUGAUAGUCUCAAACGAAUUAAAGACGGACUGAACAAACACGUUACUGGCUUAUGGACUUGCGUCCGUCAACUGAACAAUACAGUUCUAACACAUUCAAGAGACAUCAACGUGUUUAAAGCAAAUUCACACCUUUCAAAAGACAGGCAGGAUGGGAUCACUAAUGCACCUACAGGUGUUCCUGAAGGUACAGCAGCUGUAAAAGUUUCCAUAGUGGGAUCUCAACCACUCCCAUCACUGUCUGCCAUGGCGUCUGGGGAAGAAGGGCCUCGAGUGACCAAAAUCUCAUCUCGCACCCCUCAGGGGAUCAAUGGGAGCGGGACAUCCAUUACUGGCUAUGCAGGAGCACCAGGUUAUCCUCCCCUUCCUGCUGCUGCCCUCAGUCCUGAUUCUGUUUCUGCACAGAUUCCACUGAAGACCAUUCAAAUGGCCACAGGAGAAGGGCGAGUAAUGACCUAUGUGUCGUUUUCGGCUGGUCUGACACUUGUGCCAUUUCCUGGAGAAAUCGGUAUCAUCCGAUUCAACAAUGUUCUGUUAAAUGAUGGAAGACACUACGAUCCACAAACAGGUGUGUUCACUGCGCCCAUGGACGGACGAUAUCUUCUCAGCGCUGUCUUAACUGCUCCAGCAGGAGAAAGAGUCGAGGCCUUUCUCUCAGUAGCCAAUCGCAACAUCCAGAAGCUUUACACCGCUGGGACGGGGAGCAGAGGCUCUGAGGACUGUGUCUGUGGUGGGUCGGUCACUGCAAGUCUUGCUCUUCAUUUGAAGCGGGGCCAGAGGACGGCACUUGUGCUCACAUCAGGAAGGCUGGCGAUUUCAGCAUCCAGUGAAAUUCUGUCUUCGUUCAGCGGAGUUCUGCUUUACCCAACGGUAGCCAAGCGAUAGUCGAUAGCAAACAUUAAAGGGGUCAUGAACUGCAUUGUUUUAUAAUGUUUCAUGUGGUGCAUUUAUAAUGUUAGUAUGAUUUUUACAUCAAAAAAUUGUCAAAAUUUAGAAAUAAAAGGCAUUUAACUACCCUGA